AUGACAGAUCCAAACUUGUCAAAAAAUGUCAGCGAACUUGCUGGAGUUGGUAGCUCAGGUUUUAGUAAUCAACAACCUGAUGAAAGCCAACAACAGCAACCUCCUGACCAAGUCAAUCAGAAGCAAAGCAAUUUGCUUAGGAUUCAACAAAGAAAACAACAAGUAUAUAAUUGGCCCAAUCAUAAAAAAUUAUUGAAAUUAGCUGUAUACUCUGCUUGUCAGGCUGAAGAAUGCCUGUGUACAGGUUGGAAAACUACUCCAGCUCCUACUCAAACUUUAGCCAGCAAUGAUACACCUUGUAGGAAUUGCACCCAUAUUUUGGAACAACACAUAUCUCAUCUUCGAAUGGUUCCUGAUCCAGAAAUUAAUAGGCUCCUCGGAAUGGUUGUCGAUGUUGAAAACAUUUACAUGUCGAUGCAAAAAGAAGAGGAUCCUGAUACAAAAAGAGUUUAUUUUUAUUUAUUUAAAUUACUUAGGAAAUGUAUAGUCACAAUGACAAAACCAACCAUAGAGGGUCCUCUUGGCCAGCCACCAUUUGAACGACCAAGUAUAGCCAAAGCCGUCACAAAUUUUGUUUUGCACAAAUUUGGUCACUUGGCCCAAAGGGAAUGGCAAACAAUGUAUGAGUUAGCUAAAAUGUUUCUUCACUGUUUAAAUAAUUGGAAUUACGAAAGUCCCAGCAUUAGAAGGAAUGUCGCAGCUCCUGAAGCAACUUCUGCAUAUAAAAUUAAUUACACUAGAUGGCUAGUUUUUUGCCAUGUUCCUGCUUUUUGUGAUUCCUUGCCUCAUUUCGAUACCACAGUAGUAUUUGGCAGAAAAUUAUUAAGAGCUGUUUAUAAAUCUGUUUGUCGUCAGUUAAUUGAUAAAUGUCAUGCUGAAAGAGACAGAAUGCAAACAGAAAAUAGAAUUCUCAUCCUUACUCAUUUUCCUAAGUUUUUAUCAUUAUUGGAAGAAGAAAUUUAUGCUCCCAAUUCCCCUAUAUGGGAUCCUGAGUUUAGGCAAGUUCCACCUGCACACAUACAAGCUGUAUUUGAUGCGAAAGCUGCAGCAGCAGCAGCAGGACGAAAAGUAGGAGAGUUUGAAAAACUAACUGCUCCUCCUAAUGAAAAAGAUAAUUUUACUACUUUUAACGUAACCCCUGGAGUCGGUAGAAAAGGAACAUCUCAAAAAUCUGAUGGUGAAAAAAGAUCAGGAGAAUCGACAUCUGGCCGACCAGAAAAGAAACGAAAACAAGAAGAAUAUGUUGAUGACGUUUCGGAAAAUACCAUUGCCGAAAUUUUGGCUACCAUAGAAGAUGGUAAAGGAAACGCUGGCCCCCAGGCUGUUUUUCCGGAAAAUGCACCGAGAGACGAAGCGGCCAAACAAGAAGAAGCUCGAGGAAUAAUACAAUUUCAAGUUGUUGGAAAUUCAUUGACACAAUCCGUUUCGAAACAAACAAUGCUUUGGCUUAUCGGUCUUCAAAAUGUUUUUUCUCAUCAGUUACCACGAAUGCCGAAGGAAUAUAUCACAAGAUUGGUAUUCGACCCAAAACACAAAACUUUGGCUCUUAUCAAAGGAGGGAGAGCAAUCGGAGGAAUAUGUUUCAGAACUUUUGCUUCUCAGGGUUUUGUCGAAAUAGUAUUUUGUGCCGUUACGUCGAACGAACAGGUCAAAGGUUACGGAACUCAUUUAAUGAAUCAUUUAAAAGAUUAUUUUAUAAAUCACAACAUUUUGCAUUUUCUUACAUUUGCAGACGAAUUUGCCAUCGGUUAUUUUAAAAAGCAGGGUUUUUCCAAAGACAUUAAAUUAAAUAGAAACAUAUAUCAAGGUUAUAUAAAAUAUUACGAAAGAGCAACCCUCAUGCACUGCCAGUUGAAUCCGACCAUUGUUUACACGGAGUUUACUGCGAUAAUAAGAAAACAGAAGGAAAUCGUUAAAAAAAUUAUCGAACAAAGAAAUCAGGAGGUUCAAAAGGUUCAUCAAGGUUUGACUUGUUUUAAAGAAGGAGUGCGUGGCAUUCCAAUCGAAGCCAUACCGGGAAUCAGAGAAACCGGAUGGAAACCUGCUGCCAGGACAACGAGAAUCAGUAGAGUUACUUCAGAACCAAACGAUCCGGAUACUCUUUGCAGUGCACUUACCGGAGUGUACAACGCAGUCAAAAAUCAAAGUCACGCAUGGCCAUUUUUAAAACCCGUCGAUAAAAAUGAAGUACCCGAUUAUUAUCAUCACAUAAAAUAUCCCAUGGAUUUGAAAACGAUGGGAGAAAGAUUGAGGAGCGGGUAUUAUCAUUCGAGAAGAUUAUUCAUUGCCGACAUGACGAGAGUUUUUACAAAUUGCAGAUUGUAUAAUUCACCAGAUACUGAGUAUUAUAGGUGUGCAAAUAAUUUAGAAAAAUAUUUUCAAACGAAAAUGAAAGAAAUAGGACUCUGGGACAAAUAA